GUCCGUGCGUCACUUCCGGCGGAGAGGAGCGGAGGGGACGGACCGCGGAGAGCACCAUGCCCAAGUUUUACUGUGACUACUGUGAUACGUAUCUUACCCAUGACUCGCCAUCUGUGAGGAAGACCCACUGCAGCGGUCGGAAGCACAAGGAGAAUGUGAAGGACUAUUAUCAGAAAUGGAUGGAGGAGCAAGCCCAGAGCCUGAUUGACAAAACGACGGCUGCAUUUCAACAAGGAAAAAUCCCUCCCACACCGUUCUCUGCUCCUCCUCCAGGCGGGGCCAUGAUCCCCCCUCCCCCAAGUCUCCCUGGUCCUCCUCGCCCUGGUAUGAUGCCAGCACCCCAUAUGGGGGGCCCCCCUAUGAUGCCAAUGAUGGGUCCCCCCCCUCCUGGAAUGAUGCCCGUGGGGCCUGGUAAGUUUGUCGUCACUCCCGCCAACCUCCACAUCGUCAAAAGAGCGCCUGGCAUGAGGCCACCCAUGGGCGGACACAUGCCGAUGAUGCCCGGACCCCCGAUGAUGAGACCUCCAGCCCGGCCCAUGAUGGUGCCCGCCCGGCCGGGAAUGACCCGCCCGGACAGAUAAGAAGAGAGCGCGGCCCGUCCGUCUCCCUUUUAUGCGUCUCGUUUUUCUCCACCACCGCGCCCCGGGGCAGGGGUUUGGUCCGACAGCCCGGAUGCUGAGUCCGCCACCCUUCCCCGUCGAAGGGGAAUAGCGGGAUAAAAACCCAAAAACCCCCACUUGUACCGGGGGGUGUCCAAAUAAAGGUGUCAGCAAUGGCUUAGCUACUGAAAA